AUGGGAAGUCUCGAGCACGUGGGAGACGAACUUAUGGAAGAUGUCUUCCUCCAAGAUGAUCUUAGCCCAACUAUCGCAGAGCAUGCGACACAAUGCCAGUCUCUAUUGCACAAGUACAUGGUUAUGCCGGAGGUCGUGCCAGAUCCUACUAUCAUGGACGACCAGCUGGCACGCUUUUCUCUGUGGGCAUCAAACAUGGAUGUAUAUGGGCCACUGAAUGUCUCGCUAGACUAUAGACUCCGGUUCAGUCAAACAGCCGCGGAUAUCAUACAUCAGCUUCUAGAUAUUAUUUGCGAUACUUUACUGUCUUUCUUGACACCAGUGGAGCCAAUCGACGACCGAACACCACAAACCUCGAGCAGGAAGAGACAACGCAUUUCCGUCAACGGCGAUUCAGGAGUGCCGAAGGGAGCCGACGAUGCGGCAAGCGAUUUAGAGAGCGAUGUCGAUCUAGUAGAAGAGAACAUCUUGAAAAUCACCGAGACCAUCGGCGGAACAUUGACGCGGCUCUUCCGUCUAUCCAACGCCGUCCGAAAGUCCGCCAAAGCCAACCGGGCUCGCAAGAUCGAAAGGUACGGGGACGACGAAGAGGCAAACAAGGCCAUAGACGAGUUGCGUCUCUACACGAAAUGCUAUAUUGAGUUUCGUUUCCCAAAGGCGCCGGACGCGCUCCGCUCGGCAUUAGUCCAAGCCAACGCGCUGCGACUUCGACGGCUGUAUUAUCAGCGCUCCCAUCGAAGGCGCAUUGAUCUGAGUAUUCAGAACCGGGAAACAACUUCGGCCGUUGUUCAACUCCCCAAAAUGACGGAGAGUGCGCCAGCGGUGCGGUUUGCGCCAAGCGCGUUGCCAAAGCCCCGGACUACCAAGGAAAUGCCGGCCUCUUCGCCAGCGCCAGCGCCAGCGACGAAUGCGACUACCGCUCGACAGACUGCCGUUGCCGCCUUCUACGCCAAAUCCACAACUGACGUUCCCCGGGCUAAAUCUGUCCUCGUGAAUAAUAAGUUGUCGUUCCCUCCUAUACCGCCGACGCGGCAGUGUCCAUACUGCGGCGUCAUUGUUGAGUUCAAGAAUACUGCAAGAUCAUUGCUGUGGCAGAAUCAUGUCAUCGGAGACUUGGAGCCUUUUAUCUGUGUCUUUUCACACUGCCUUGAAGAAGGUCACCAUGGACACGGGACCGGUCUGCUCACAUUCGAAACCUCGAACGCCUGGUCCAGCCAUAUGCAGACUGCUCACGGGCAUACAUGGGAGUGCAGGGCCCCUUCUCACGAUCCCAUCGUCUUUGACCAAGAAAUCCAGUAUCAGGAUCAUUCCAUCAAGGAGCAUGGCGUGCCUGAAGCGCACGCCGGGACCCUCAGCAACGCCGCGCGGAGGCCAGUCCUCAAUACGGUGCUGGAGUGUCCGUUUGGCGACGAUUUUCAACCCUUGGGAAAGGUCGAGUCGAGCGCCGUCUUCUCGAGUGAAGCUCUCCAGUCGCACGUCGCUGGUCACAUGAAGGAAAUUGCUCUGCUUACACUGCAAAAACUUCCCAGCGAUGAGGACGAGGACGCGGAGAAUAUCGAUAGCGACCAAGCCUUAGAAGAUGAUGGGCCGGCCGGGGCUUUGGGGAUUACUCGUGUAUCCAUGUACAGCGUACUGGACGAUGAGGAUCUAGACUUCCAACACGAUGACAGUAAAGCUGUAGAUGGCAAUGUGGGACACCGCGAAGAGGACAUUAGCGCACAGGUGACAGUACUCGACCUGGAGGACAAAGACAAUUUGGGGAUGACGAAGCUUCACCACGCGGUGCAGGCCGGUGAUCUUGGCUUGGUUAAGUUCUUAAUACAGAGCGGCGCAAGUGUGAAUUUGAGGGACGAAAAUGGCCAAACGCCCAUGCAUUACGCUGCGGAGAGGGGCUUCACCGAGUGCAUGGAAAUCUUGGUCGACCACGGUGCAGAUUUUCGUAUCAUCGACAAUUCUGGAUUUUCCCCGUUUCUCUGGGCUGUUGUUGCCGGGCAAGAAGGCGCCACGACGAGACUGUUGUCCAUGGACGCUGAUGUUAAUUCAAAUAGCGCGGAUGGAAAGUCUGCGCUCACCUGGGCAGCCAGUCUGGGAGGGUCUCCGACUACUGAAAUGCUUAUUGAACGCGGUGUCAGCAUAUCUGAUACCCGAAAUACGCAGCGGACUCUGCCUUUGGAAGAAGCGGCAGCUUCUGGCAACCUUGCCACUGUUCGAUUGCUCCUCGAAUGUGGUCAGGAUCCGAACCAUCGUGAUCGCGAUGGUUGGUCCGCAAUUCACUGGGCAGCAGAGGAGGGCCAUCUCGAGAUUGUGCGUUUGUUGCUGAACGCUGGGGCCAAAUCCAAUGCCGUCAGUUCUUAUGGCACGUCACCGUUGCACUGCGCUGCAAACGGAGGGCAUGUUUCCAUUGUGAGCUUGCUCCUCCAACAGCGAGCUGACCCGCUCAAGUCAACAUGCCACGGCUGGACCGCACUACACCACGCCGCCUUCAUGGGGCACUACAAUGUCGUCCAGAACCUCUUAGAAGACGACCGCAUACGAUCCACGGCCUCUCAGCAGGACAACCACGGCUGGUCCGUUCUCCAUUUGGCCAUUCACAGUCGAGAUCCAGCCACCGUCCGUAUUCUGCUGGACAAAUCUGUCAUUGCAGAGCCGCAGCUCCUGUUCGACGAAAGCGGCCUCACUGCAGAAGAAUGGCUGGAUCGCGGGCCUAGAAGCCAUUCACAGAAAGUCACAAGCAACUUAGCGUUCAGCAAGUCACGCUGUUGCCGAGCCGUCACAAGCCUUCGCCAAGCUGUGAUUAUAGGCAACGUCCCAAUGAUCAAACUCCUGAUCAAAUUGGGUCACAACAUCAAUGGCACAAACUCUGGAAGGAGGACUGCGCUCUACUACGCCGCGAAGAAGCGCAUGCUCUCCAUCAUGGACCUGCUACUUAACCUGGAUGCGGAUCCUAACAUUCUCCCCGCGGGGCGGAAGAGCUGGGAAGAAUUCAUUCCGCCAGGUGAUGUUUUACUGCGGCUCAAUCGAGCAGGCUAUUGGAAGCGAGAUACCGACCCUGAGGUGGACCGCCAGAUUCUCCGUGCACUCAGAGUGCAAAGUCAGCCGUCUGUGCCGGAUCAACUAGCCUGGCUCGUAUCGGACGGGUCGACUCUACUAACGCCGGACCAAUCUGUCUCCCACGGGCCGGGUCGACGGUCCUUAUCUGUUUCGGAUGCGUCAAUGCCACCUCCUUCGGAUCACGCAGCUUCAAGUAAACCAACAAAAUCGCCGGCGCCUACACACCAAGCAAAUGACAAUAAGCGCAAGGCAAGGUCUGGCCGGACGGAUUGGUGGAAACGGCUCACAGGUGGAAGAUAG